AUGAAUCUAUUUCCCUCUAGAAAUCUUUUUUCAAACCCCAGUUCACCUUAAACUUUUGAGCCCAAUCCAUAUAAGAAGUUAUUUGUAAAUCCUCCCUUUACACCUGAGUUUGGCAAUUCAAUUAAAUAACCAAUAAAACUAUAAGUAACAGAUGGAAUUGGAAUGAUCUAAAAAAAAUAAUUAGCCUUGAAAAUUUGCUAAUAGAAGGAGCAAAAUUAUUAAUUCGAUUAAAUUAAUUCGCCACACACUCCCACUCAAAGUGAGAGAAAAGUGUAACAAUCAACAGGAGAGAAAACUAAGCAAAAUCAACUUAAUAAGAUAAAUAAGGGGAAAGUAUUUCGAAAUUUGAAUAAGCAAUUUGAUGGGGAAUAAGGGGUUCCAAAAAGCAGAUAUUAGGAAGAAUAUAUCCAAGUGGAUGUCUUAGGAAGUGGUUAUUUUGGAUAAGUUUAUAAAUGCAAAAAUAGAUUUACAAAUUAAAUUUGUGCAAUAAAGUGCACAAAAAUUAAAAAUAACAAGUUAAACAUAGAUUUAGCCAACGAAUCUCAAGCUUUGGCAUAUUUAAAUUAAAAAGGAGCAUGCAAGAAUCUCGUCAGGUAUUUUACUUCAUGGCAAGAAGGGAACAUGUUGUACCUGUUGAUGGAAUAUUGUGAUUAUAGUGUCAGUUCAAGACAGGACUAUGAGGAAUUUGAAAUUAAAAAAAUACUCAAGGAUAUAACCAAUGGAUUGAUAUUCUUGCAUGAAUAACAAAUAACACAUCUUGAUAUCAAACCAGAAAAUAUUCUAUACAGUAAGAAAGAUGGUUAAUUCAAAUUGGCUGAUUUGGGUUUAUCAAAGAAAAUACAGCAACGAUAGGAAGACGUGAGUGUUGGGGACUUCAGAUACAUAGCCAAAGAAUUACUUAAUCAGACAGAGAUGCUUGAUCUUUGCAAAACAGAUAUCUUCUCUUUGGGUGCCACUCUUUAUUAAUUGAUGACUCGAAAGGAAUUGCCAUCAAAUGGAGAGGAAUGGCAUCGUAUUAGGGAUGGUAUUCAAAUUACUGAUUUCCCUGAGAACAGAUAUUCCCUUAGGCUGAGGAAAUUGAUUUGCAGAAUGAUGGAACCUGAUCCUCUUUCAAGGAUUAGUGCUAAAGAAAUCUUGGAUGAUACAUAUAUUUAUGUCAACAAAGAGAAUUACAUCAAAUGGGAAAAGAUACGUGGUUUGAUUCUAAGAAGACAAUUAGAUUAAUGCUUAAUUAAAUAACGAAAACUCAGUUUUUGA